AUGGAGUUUCUAGCUUUGGCCCCUGCCUUCCUCUCAUCUUUAGCUCUCCUCAUGUUCUUGAAGCUAACAUUAUCUUGGUGGCUUUUCCCUAUUCUCACUCGUCAUCAGCUCAAGAGAUGUGGAUUCACAGGGCCUGCCCCAAGCUUUCCUUUCGGAAACAUUCGAGACAUGAAGAAGAAGAAGAAGAAUCAUAUCAAUACUUCUUCUGAUUCUCUCGAAUAUUCCUCCGACUGUCUCUCCCAUGAUAUUCACCCCACCGUCUUUCCUUAUUUUUCUCGCUGGCAAGAUUCUCACGGAAAGGUUUUCGUGUACUGGCUUGGAACAGAGCCAUUUUUGUACAUAGCAGAGCCAGAACUUGUGAAGAAGAUGUCAACGGAGGUGAUGGCCAAGAGAUGGGGAAAGCCAAGUGUGUUCCGAAACGACAGAGAUCCAAUGUUUGGAAAUGGUCUGGUCAUGGUCGAAGGCAACGACUGGGUUCGUCACCGCCACGUUGUUGCGCCAGCAUUCUCUCCCCUUAACCUCAAGGCCAUGGCAAGUAUGAUGGUGGAAUCGACAAAGCAAAUGAUAGAGAGAUGGACGAGCCAGAUAAACUCCGGCAGCAGCAACAUGGAAAUCGACGUUGAAAAUGAGAUCAUCACGACGGCCGGAGAGAUCAUAGCACGAACAAGCUUCGGCAUGAAGGAUGAGAAAGCAAGACAAGUGUUUAAAAAACUAAGAGCCCUCCAGAUGACCCUUUUCAAGACGACAAGAUACGUGGGGGUUCCAUUUGGCAAGUGUUUGAACGUGAAGAAAACCCUAGAAGCCAAGAAACUGGGCAAAGAAAUCGACAAGGUGUUAUUAUCUGUCAUAAGAAACCGAAAGUCCUCAGCAUCGUCAAGUGCUGAGAAGACCAAUAAACAAGAACAGGACUUGUUGGGAUUGUUACUUCAAGAAAAUCGCCACACGUUGACGACAAGAGAACUUGUUGAUGAGUGCAAAACGUUCUUCUUUGGAGGACACGAGACAACGGCAUUGGCCAUCACAUGGACUUUGUUGCUUCUUGCGGAGCAUCAAGAUUGGCAGAUUCAACUGAGAGACGAAAUAAGGCAAGUUUUGGGUGAUAAUAUUGACCAGCUUGAUAUCAACUUGCUUUCUGAGCUGAAAAAGAUGAAGUGGGUGAUGAAUGAAGUUCUAAGACUAUACCCACCAGCCCCAAACGUUCAAAGGCAAGCAAGAGAAGACAUCAAAGUAGGCGAAAACCUAACGGUGCCAAAUGGAACCAACCUGUGGAUCGAUGUGGUGGCGAUGCACCAUGACGCCGCCCUAUGGGGAUCGGACGUGAAUGAGUUCCGGCCGGAGAGGUUCAGGGACGACGUAAACGGCGGGUGCAAGCACGCCAUGGGGUACUUGCCGUUUGGGUUCGGAGGAAGAAUGUGUGUGGGAAGAAACCUAACGUUCAUGGAAUAUAAGAUCGUGCUAACCCUACUUCUGUCUACGUUUACCUUUGAACUCUCACCUUCUUAUCAUCAUUCUCCUUCCAUCAUGCUCUCCUUGAGGCCCUCUUGUGGACUUCCUCUCCUUGUGAAGCCUCUUCACAAAUAUUGAUUCAUAUUGAUUAAUCAGUUGCAUCGGAGAUUAUGCACAUUAAGCACGCACGUACCCUAUCCUAUAGUAACUACAUUCUU